AUUCUACUUUCCAUCAGGACAUCAUUGUUAGGGGUCAUCACAUACUUUACAGUGAGCUUAGAAAAUGGCCUCCAAGCGUUUUUUCUCUGAAGAGGAUUUCUCUUGUCCUGUGUGUCAGGACAUCUUCAAGGAUCCUGUCAUCAUGACAUGUAGUCACAGUGUGUGUAAAGUCUGUCUGCAGCAGUUCUGGGAAACUAAAGGACACCAAGAAUGUCCUAUAUGCAGGAAAAGAUUCACAAAUUCAAAUCCGCAACUUAACUUGAACCUAAAGAACUUGUGUGAGACCUACUUACAGCAGAGAAGUCAGAGAGCUUCAGCAGGGUCUGAGGUGCUCUGCAGUCUGCACAGUGAGAAACUCAAGCUCUUCUGUCUGGAGGAUAAACAGCCUGUGUGUCUGGUGUGUAGAGACUCAAGGGAACAUAAGAAUCACAACUUUAGUCCUGUUGUUGAGGUUACCAAUGAUUAUAAGGAGCAACUGAGGACAGAGAUGGCCAAGCUGAAAGAAAAGACGAAGAAACAUAAAGAAACUAAACUAACCAGUGAUGAAACAGCAAAACACAUUAAGACACAGGCCCUAAACACAGAGAAGCAGAUCAAGGAGCAGUUUGCGCAGCUUCACCAGUUUCUACGAGAUGAAGAGGCAGCCAGGAUAGCUGCACUGAGGGAGGAAGAGGAGCAGAAGAGUCAGAUGAUGAAGGAGAAGAUUGAGAAGAUGUACAGGGAGAUCGCAUCUCUCUCAAUCACAAUCACAGACAUAGAGGAGCAGAUAAAUGCUGAUGACAUCACAUUCCUGCAGAACUACAAGAGCACAGUGGAAAGAGCCCAGUGGACACUGCAGGAUCCAGAGAGGGUUUCAGGAGCUCUGAUCAAUGUGGCAAAGCACCUGGACAACCUGAAGUUCAGAGUCUGGGAGAAGAUGCAGGAGAUUGUUCAAUACACUCCUGUGACUCUGGAUCCCAACACCGCAAACCCACGACUCAUCCUGUCUGAGGAUCUGACCAGUGUGAUACGUGGUGGUCCGAUACAGAAGCUUCCUGAUAACCCAGAGAGAUUUGAUCACUUUUAUUGCAAGCGCCUCUGAUUGAUU